GAAUUUAGUAAGAAACACAGGCAUGUGGAUUGUGGUAAAAGGAGAUAGGGUGGGGAACAGUGAGGAAGCCUGAUAUACAGUCAUUGUUUGAAUGUGUAUAUGGCUUUGACUCCCUGUUCUUUGAAUUUCUUUGCAUGAGUUAAAUAAGAAAUAAAACUUGAGUAACGUCAUCUGCUCAAGGGACUUACCUUCAGUCUGCACAAAUAAGGUUUUUGUGGUGAGACACCAAAUGCAUUCAACUUCCUCUUUCAACAACAAAUUUGUCAGUUAUCAGCAGGCUCUGUACCACUCAGAAUUAGUUUGCUUUUUGUUUUUUUUUUUUUUUUUUUUUUUUUUGAAUCCCCAGCUCACUGCAAAGAAACAAGAGUACUCAUCCCAGCUGAACUCCAAGAUCCUAGGAGGAGAAUGGAAGAGAAGGGAAGAUGGUUUCACCAUAAUAUAAUCCUGUGAUCUUGAACAAGGCAGGGAUCAUAAAUCCACGGCUUACCUUGAUGAAUAGACCGAAAUAUUCAAGAUGGGUGGCAACAGUACUAGCAAUGUUGAGACUGACUGCAACAUCACUAAUGUGACUUUCCAGUACCCUCUCUAUGCAACCACCUAUAUCCUUAUAUUCAUCCCUGGUCUUCUGGCCAACAGUGCAGCCUUGUGGGUUUUGUACCGUUUUAUCAGCAAGAAAAAUAAAGCCAUCAUUUUCAUGAUCAACCUGUCUGUAGCUGACCUUGCUCACGUGCUGUCCUUACCCCUUCGGAUUUACUAUUACAUCAGCCACAAAUGGCCUUUUCAGAGGACCCUUUGCCUGCUGUGCUUCUACCUGAAGUAUCUGAACAUGUAUGCCAGCAUUUGCUUCCUGACGUGCAUCAGCCUUCAGAGGUGCUUCUUUCUCCUCAAACCCUUCAGGGCCAGAGAUUGGAAGCGUAGAUAUGAUGUGGGCAUCAGUGCUGUUAUCUGGGUCAUCGUGGGGACUGCCUGUUUGCCAUUUCCCAUUCUGAGAAGCACGGAUUUAGGCAAUGAUACAGUGUCCUGCUUUGCUGAUCUUGGUUACAAACAAAUGAGUGCAGUGGCUUUAGUUGGUAUGAUUACAGUUGCUGAACUUGCAGGAUUUGUGAUUCCAGUGGUCAUCAUUGCGUGGUGUACCUGGAAAACCACUAUAUCCUUGAGACAACCACCAAUAGCCUUCCAAGGGAUCAGUGAGAGACAGAAAGCACUGCGGAUGGUUUUCAUGUGUGCAGCAGUCUUUUUCAUCUGUUUCACUCCCUAUCAUAUUAACUUUAUUUUUUAUACCAUGGUAAAGGAAACUAUUAUCACCAAUUGUCCUAUUGUCCGAAGCACACUAUAUUUUCACCCUUUUUGUCUGUGCCUUGCAAGUCUCUGCUGCCUUUUGGAUCCAAUUCUCUAUUACUUCAUGGCCUCAGAGUUUCGAGACCAACUAUCCCGGCACGGCAGCUCUAUGACUCGUUCUCGCCUCAUGAGCAGAGAGAGUGGUUCAUCAAUGAUUGGCUAAAAAUAAAAUAACUCUUGAAUUGUAACUUUGUUUACUUAUUUUCCUUUCAGUUUCCUUUUCCAAGGGCUAGAAUUACCAACUAAACAAAUUCCUUAAUUGAACCUUGGAAACAACAGAAAUAAGUGUUUUCUUUUGUGAUAAUUAUGGCUACCAGGGUGAUGGUGGAGAAAGAAUGUGAAAAGUGUGGAAGACGAGGGAAUAAGGUAUUUACCUGUUUGUCUUUAAAAAUUUAAGAAACUUUCUUUUAUAAGAGAUGUAGAUUAUACAAAUGUUUCCAACCAAAUAGAAAUUAGAUAUUUUAUCUUUAAAUUGUCUUCAGUAAGCAUAUAUUGUUAAUAAUAUACAAUAAAUAUAGUAUGUAAAAGUAAAAAUAUUUUUAUAUGAAGACCUUUAUUUCUGAAUGAGAGCAAAAAUUUCAUUUUUCUAAGAGAUAAAUGCACAGGCAAGGGGGCUUAAAGAGUCAAAGUAAUGUGUACAUAAAUUUUAGGACCAUAACCUUGUUAACUUAGGAAUGGCAUGGAAAUUCAUUCAUUCAUUGAAAAAACUUUGGAUGCCUAUUAUGUUCUGGGUUGCUACUUUGUAAGGUACUUUCACAUAUAGCAUCUCAUCUGACUCUUUUAAUAAAUAUGUGGAAAUUUCAAGUUCAAAUGAAUAAGUGGAGCCCCAGAAAAAUUAGGCAACUUGCCUAAGGAUAAACAGUGGUAAGCUACAAUGCAUCCAGUUUACAGCACGUAUGCUUUUGUUACUCAUUCUGUUUGUGCUUUUAAAUUUAUUAGGUCAUUAAUAAACUUGAUUUCAAUAGUGAAGACACAGGGGCCAGUAGGUGGGGUGGUGGUUAAGGCACUGGACUUCCACAUGGUUCACUAUGGUUUGAGUUGUAGACCUGGCAGCUUGCUUUCUUGCUCUCUCUCUCUCUCUCUUAUGUGCUCUAUAUCAACAUUAAAAACAAUGAUAACAAUAAAUUUUAAAAAAUAGUGAAGACACAGACUAAAGCUAAAUCGCACAAAACCAAGGACAUUUCAACACACUUUACCUAGGACUAUGAAAAAUCUGCAAGUUGUGGGAUUGACAUGAUUAAAUAGAUUACUCUUAUAAAAUAUGUGGCCAUUUCUAUCAAAAUAUUAAGUAUUUAACUUUUAUUUGAAAAUUUAACUUCUCUAUUAUAAAAUUGCUUCCAUGAGAAAAACAAUUUCUCUUUGUGUGUUUGCAUAUUUUCUGGAAAUAAAAAUAAAGAUAAGAUGACUGCUUAUAAUAGAAUUUUAAAAUCAUAUUUAGCUUAUAGGUAGUAAAAUGUAUAGUUGUGGUAUUAACAGUUUGGGGCUAAUACUAUGCCUUCAAGCACAUUACAAAUCAGAUACAUAAUUGCAAGUAAAAGUAUACUAUUCUCUAAGGCUCUAAAAGAGUUAAUUAACCUCAUAAAGUCCCGAAUUUACUACCAAUAAACAAGGUAUCAAAGUUUUCAUGAUGUUUUACUCAUUAACCACAAUUUCGUUUUAGGAAUAGAAAAUUAGCUCCAAAUUUUCAUCUAGGCAUUCCGGUGUCCAAGGAAAUUAUAUCUGUAGUAUUUUCAAUGUACAUAAAUGAUAAAGUAGGGAAUAAUACUACAGUUUGGAUAGAAAUACAAAAGGAAACAUUAAUUAUGAGAGUGUAAAAACCUGAUACCUAGAAUAUGGAAGACCUUGAAUGCCAGAAUUUGGACCUUUGUGUAGUGGAGUGAGGCAAAGUGGAUCAUAAAAAUUUUUGAAAUAAAAAAGCUUAACUAUAACAAGUGUGAGAAACAAUGGUUAGAUAUAGGAUAUGGGCAAAGCCUUGUGGCAAGUAUGUAUUAAUAUAUAUUUGUUCAUCCUGAGAUUUGAAUUAUGUAGAUAAUUCCCAAAUAUACACAUGAAUAAUUAGAAAUAUACAACAGAACUAGCUAUCAUCUAUUAAGUCUGACUAUGCAAGGGGAUUUACAUGGAUUGUCAUAUUUAAUUCUUAUAACUUCAUGAAGUAGGUAUUAUAAUUACCUCCACUUUCCAAAUGAACUACAGGGAGGUUAUGUAAUUUGUUCAAGAAUAUACAGCUAAUAAAUUAUAAGACCAGGUUAUUUUUUAAAAAUUUGCUAUAUAGCACAGGCACCAUGGGAGACAGAGUGAGAAAGUGAGAAAUCACACCCAGGAUGGAUAGCCAUAUUGCAAUCCCUUGUCUUCCAUUCUCCUUUCAGGAA